UGUUGUAGCAGGGCGUGUGCUGCCUGUAAACUAUGUGGGCAUCCUAAUAACGCGUCAAGGGCAAUAAAACCAAAACCAAGUAUGCUGGUCCAUUGAGCUGCGUAUACGGUUGUGUACAACUACGACAAGGGAAGUGGAUGUAACCUUUCACAGUUGAAGCUGCUGUGGAAAGUUGAGGAUGGCAGGUCUGCAGUGGGAACUUCCCCCAGAGCUAUGCUGUCGACCGAUGGCUUUUGUUGCCCUAACUGGUUUGGAUGUCGUCUACAAUGCUGUGCACCGUGCAAUAUGGGAUGUGUUCAGUGCCAACCGGCGAACUGACAGAGUGCCAAUCUCUUUCAAAAUUCUCCCCGGUGACCACGAGUAUCCCAAGUGUCGAACUAAGCGUACGUCUUAUGAGUGGUACAUUCCCAAAGGAAUAUUGAAAACAUCCUGGAUGAACAAGCACCUCAAUGAAGUACCAGCACUGGUUGUUGUCUUCUAUGAAUUGGAUUGGGAUGACCCACAGUGGAAAGAGAAACAAUCUGAAUGUGCUACAAAGGUUGAGAUUGUCAGAUCCAGUCUUCAAAGCAGAAAUACUAAAGUGGCUGUAGUUUUAAUUCAAAAGAAAACACCUCUGCCUCCAGGAGAAGACUUGGUAGCAUCUGAAAGAGCCGCAGCCAUUUGUCAUGCCUGCGAUCUGUCCGGAAAGAGUCUGUUUGUUCUGCCACAUACUGACCACCUGGUUGGUUACAUUAUAAGGUUGGAGAAUGCCUUCUAUGAACAUGCUCAGACAUACUAUUACAAUGAAAUCCGUCGAGUUAAAUCUCAUAAGGAGUUUCUAAACAAGACAACACAUCAGUUGCUGUUUGUCCGACACCAGUUCAAAAUCGCUUUCUUCAGUGAGCUGAAGCAAGACACCCAGAAUGCUUUAAAACACUACAGAACUGCCUAUAGCCUGGUCCACGAGCUGAGAGCCCAUGAGUCAAAUAUGUUGGAGAUCAAAACCUUGGCAGGAUUCAUUAACUACAAGGUGUGCCGUCUCUGUUUCCAGCACAAUACUCCACUUGAUGCUAUUUCCCAGUUCAGAAAGCACAUUGAUCUUUGUAAGAAGAAGAUUGGUAGUGCUGAACUGGCUUUUGAGCAUGCUGCAUGGAUGGCAAAACAGUUCCAGUCUUUUGGUGAGCUGUUUGAUGAUGCAAUAAAAUUGGGUCUGGCAGCUAUCCAGACACAGAACCCUGGUUUCUACUAUCAGCAGGCUGCCUAUUACAGCCAGGAAAGAAAACGACUUGUACUGCAGCUCAGUCAGGCUGGAGCAAUAUAUCCUUCGUCCGACCCUAUGGACAUGCCGAAUGGGGGACUGGACUACUAUGGCCAAAGACCAUGGAGACAAGGACACCAGAGUAUUGAUCCUCCUGACCUAGACAAAGAACGGAAGGGAAUUCUGGCAUUGCAGCUCAACGAAAGGGGUAUCCCUCAUUCAGAGCUGAUAAUAACUCUUCUCAGCAAUGCUGUUGCCCAGUUUAAGAAGUACAAAUGCCCAAGAAUGAAAAGUCAUCUUAUGGUGCAAAUGGGAGAGGAGUACUACCACGCUCAAGAUUAUGCUAAAGCCCUCAAACUGUUGGACUAUGUGAUGUGUGACUAUCGCACAGAGCGCUGGUGUGGAAUCCAGACAGCCAUAUUAACCACAGCUCUGCAGUGUGCCUACCUAAUGGCUAGUGUCAAAGAUUAUAUCAUAUUCUGUAUGGAGCUCCUGGGCAGAGCUUCAACACUGAAGGAGGAGCAAAAGUCUAGGAUUGAGCAGAAUCUCAUGCAAGUUCUGAAGAACAAGAUACCUGAUCCUGAGCCUCAGUGUGAUCAGUUUUCAGCUAAUGCAGGACGGUCAUUGUGGAAUCAAUGUAUGGGUUCAGGUGGCUCAAAUGAAUUCAUUAUUGAUGUGCAGGACUACAUACCAUUCAUUCAAUGUAAAGCCAAAUUCCGGUCUCCCAGUUUCCAUGUAGAUGAAGUCAUCCGACUCCAGGUGUUCGUGAGAGCUGACUGUCCUCAUCCUGUAUCAUUCACCAAACUGGCUGUCAGCUUAAGCAAUCAGGAAUAUAAUCAAUGGUGUGUUCUGGAAACAUCAAGUCAAGAGUGCAAAACCCUUCUGCCUGGAAAAACCAAAUGCUACAACUUCAGCUUUGUGGCAAAAACCACAGAUGUUGGGAAAAAAAUUGAGAUGACAAGUGUAGAGAUCAUGCUUGGCAGUGGGAGUGGUCGCUGUGUCUUUCUGAGAUGGAGAGGGGCAGGUGGAGACGCAGCCACAACCCACGAGUUCCUGCAGUCUAACAGGUCAUCUUAUUGUCGUGAUCCCGAGGAAGAUUUGGAUUGGGAUUGCUUGACCAUCCUACAAAAUACCAUGAUCAUCUCCAGAGUUCCAAAGAUCUAUGUAGAGCUGAGUCAUCAGCCUCCUGCUCUUAGCAAUGAAAUGUACUGUAUUCACUUUACGGUCCAAUCACUGGAGGAGGCCGUAGCCAAGGAUGUGAAACUGACUGCAGGACUCAAACCCGGCCAAGAUGCCAAUUUAAGUCAGACUACCCAUGUGAUGCUUGAUAACUCCAAGGCUUGUGAUGAUACUACACCUCCUCUGCUCCCUGACAUACUUCUGGGGAAUUUGAAACCAGGCGAAAAGCUCAACAGAUGUGUAUAUGUGACAUGUUUGACAACUGGACCAAGGCUGUUUCUGUUCCACAUAGCUUACAGCAUUGAUGUAACUGUGGAUGGACAACAGAUAGUAUGCAAAUGUCAGAAGGAUGAAACUGUCACCAUUGAGACAUUGGUCCCAUUUGAAGUUUCUGCCAGCUUUCUGUCAACCAAGUUUGAGCCACUGGAGCAGAUAGCAGUGGACAUUCCCUUUCUGAUGUUAACAGAGGUCCAGUCAUCAUCCCCCUGGCCCCUGCUCUUGGCUUCCUCAUCUCUGCAGAAUAUAGGAAUAACAAACACACAACACCACGAGUUCCAGUUGCAGGACGUGAUUCUGCAGAAAGAUGAAUGUGCAAGUGAAUGUUUCUGUCUUCGGUGUCCACCACUGGCCAACAACAAUAACGCUGUGGCUACUGGACAGUACCUCAUAUCAUGGAGAAGACAUUCCUCCAGCCCAGGUAGUCCUCUCAUCGGCACAACAGUCACUCUGCCACAUGCCUUUCUGGAGCCUGUCCCACUUUACAUCCAUGCUGAUAUCCCUCCCUUUGGGAGAGUCCGAGAGUCCCUUCCAGUUUGUUUCCACAUAGAGAACAGAACAGUUCUGGUCCAGGAGGUGCAGAUAGCUGUCGAACCAUCUGAUUCCUUCAUGUUUUCUGGACUAAAACAGCUCUACAGAUGCCGGUCAGCAAACGCAGAAACAGACCUCCAGUGUUACAAAGAGGUCACACUUCACUCCUCAUUAAUGGAACAUGAUCACCACCAGUGAUGACCAAAGACACUGCAAGUUGGACUCCUCGUCACUACACUGUGCUCUCUCUUCACCGCACUCUCUUUUCAAAACAGGACAGCAGGUGGUGGAGAUUGACUAAAUCACUGAAAAAGAUGGUGACUUUUAACCACCAAGUCUUAUAGUGAGACUGUGUUCGAGGGAGCAUUAAAACAGGCACUCAACGCAAGUGCGACCAGAUGGAAUGGAACCAGUCGUCUACCGUGCCGGCGUUAUUACUAAUGAUUUCAGAGAAAUGUUGUCCACCCGACUAAGUCGUGGGUAAAAUUACAAAGACUGUAGAGGUUGUAAUAAAUUUGGAAUUUUCUCCACUUACGUCCUACACUUUGAUUUGGAGGCCUUUAUCAUCAUAGUGCUUCUUCAUUUUAGGUCGGUUCAAGGUUGUCUUAGUUUUAAUAGGAGCACCAGCAUCCAUGACAUUUGAGAUUUUCCAGGUGAAAUUAUCUAAAGGUUCAUCAAAUGUCUUAGCAUUCACAGUUGAUGACAGCUCUGGUCUCCACAAACUUUGCGCUGGUAAUAUAUGUACCUUUUCUAAAUAGACACAGGGGUUAUCUGAACUUUUGGAAAAAUCUGUAUUUCAAAGAACACAAAAAUGAUCAGGAAUACCCAAGUCCUCAAUAUCAAUUGAUGAAAUCUCGACAUCCUUUGAGAUUACUAGGUCUAAGAUGUGACCUUGUGUGUGAGUUGGACUCUUUAUAUGUUGAGAGGUCAAAUGUGUCCAGUAUGGCAGAGUUCUUUUGAUUUUUUUUGUUUUCCAUGCUAUUGUUAACAUACAUUUUAACGUUUCAACACUUAUUCAAGAAGCUAAAAUUUGUUGGUAUAGCCUCAUUUAGAAUGGUGCUACAUCUACACUGGGUACUGAAAGUAUUCAGACCCCCUUAAAGUUUUCACCCUUUGCUAUAUUGCAGCCAUUUGCUAAAAUCAUUUAAGUUCAUUUUUUCACCAUUAAUGUAUACAGAGCACCCCAUAUUGACAGAAAAAAACGGAAUUGUUGAAAAUUUUGCAGAUUUAUUAAAAAAGAAAAUGAAAUAUCACACAGCCAUAAGUAUUGAGACCAUUUGCUGUGACGCUCAUAUAUUUAACUCGGGUGCUGUCCAUUUCCUUUAUCAUCCUUGAGAUGGUUCUACGCCUUCAUUCGAGUCCAUCUGUGUUUGAUUAUACUGAUUGGACUUGAUUAGGAAAGCUACACUUGUCUAUAUAAGACGUUACAGCUCACAGUGCAUGUCAGAUCAAAUGAGAAUGAUGAGCUCAAAGGAACUGCCUGAAGAGCUCAGAGACAACGGCAAGUGGCAAGGCACAGAUCUGGACAAGGUUACAAAAAACAUUCUGCUGCACUUAAGGUUCCCAAGAGCACAGUGGCCUCCAUAAUCCUUGUUUGGGACGACCAGAACCCUUCUUAGAGCUUGCGAGAAAGUUCUACAAAGUCAACCAUCACUGCAGCCCUCCACAGUUGGGGCUUGAUGGUAGAGUGGCUCGACGGAACCCUCUCCUCAGUGCAAGACACAUGAAAGCCCGCAUGGAGUUUUCUAAAAAACACUUUAAGGACUCCAAGAUAAGGAGAAAUAAGGUUAUCUGGUCUGAUAAGACCAAGAUAGAACUUUCUGGCCUUAAUUCUAAGUGGUAUGUGUGGGGAAAACCAGGCACUGCUCAUCACCUCUCCAGUACAGUCCCGACAGCGAAGCAUGGUGGUGGCAGCUCCAUGCUGUGGGGGUGUUUUUCAGCUUCAGGGACAAGGACUACUGGUUGCAAUCGAAGGAAAGAUGAACUGACUGUACAUUCUGUUAAUCAUGUUUCAUUAAGUAGCAAGAAGUCUAUAUCAUUGGUCGUAAUGAUUUCAUUAAUCGUUGAUUUAUUACACCCUGACCUGAUAUUGAAUAGAGCUAACCUUGCAGAGAUAACUGGAGACAAUAAUUUGUUAGGUUGACAUUUUAUCCUCACUAACCUUGUAGCUCUACUUUCUUUGUGCCUCAUUUCACUAACCAACUUUCUGACCUUUGCAAUUACUGGGAUAAACAAAUGCCUGCUCUCCACAGGGGUCUGACUUAUUCUGGAGAAAAAUGUGUCUAUCUGAUUUGCAGCCAUAAUCCUGUACAUAUCAGUCAGACUCGCAGUUAAGAUUCUUCAUGGGUGGAAGAGGUGCCCUUUGCACCUUAGUGGAUUGUGGUUUCGGCUGAGGGGGGAUGGGAGGUAAAUAUGGAUGGGAUGAGAGUUGGAUUCCAACAUUGUCAUGGUUCUUCAUCUUGUCAGUGAAAUCCAGGAGUCAUUUAGGCUAGAUGAAAGUCAGUUUUGUGUUGGGCUUUGCUCUAAUUUGGGGGGUGGUAUUUCAAGAGCUGCUGUAUCUGUUUCUCCUCCGAUUGGUUUGGUGAAGCUGGAAAGUCCUGUGCCACUUGUCCUUCAGCCACAUCAUCGAGUCCAAUGUUUUCCUUACGUGCAGUUGAUGUACAUAGUAAAAAAUGCUGGCGGCCAGCAACUUAACCCCUUGUUUAUUUAGACAGAAACCGUCUGCCUUGUAGGGGUGUCUGUAGAAAUUGUCUAUGAAGCUCACGUAUAGAGCAAUACACAUCUAUUUAUGCCAUUUAUUUAAAAUCAUGAGCCUGCUGAAACGUUCAUUUCCAAGUUGUACCGUUGGUAGAGGUCCACUUAUAAAAACCUUGGCAUCCAGACAUUACGCUUUGGUGAGGAGAUAAAUGAAAUCUUGUUUGUGCCCCUGAUUGCUGCUUGACAACAUCCAGGGCCCCUAUGUGUAUCGUGACAGAUUUAACAGUUGGUUGCUCAUUAGUGAUCUUCAUGAUUUUCUUAGUGAUAUUAGACACCAUGUGGUUGGUAAAACACCCUACUUUGGUGGUGAUCUUGCUGCAAAAACAUUUCACAUCAUUGACAGCUCCAUCACCAACUGUUAGCGUUUGGGUGCUAUUUCUGUUGUGGUAUGAUUUUAGUUUCAUACCUUUCAGUGGUGGUGGGGGAUGAGCAUUCUUUGCUAGCGUCUUGCAACAGUGGAUCAUAUCUGUUAGUUGGAGGUCUGUGUUUUGCACUGGCUUGUUCCUCUUUUUUUGCCCUUCGCUGUAACCACCAUCCACGGCCGCUCUCUUGGUGUUUAAGAAUCACCCAGUGCAGGCCAACCCAAUCCCUCAGUAAUCUGCUGGUGUUCCGUUCUCCCUUUUGGACGCUGUCCCAUAUCUUUCGGCUUUGUUCCCAGUAAAUUCCAGAGAUGAUCCACUGCCGUUUCCACAGUUUACAUUUGUCCUCUUUAUGAAGCUAACUACCUGUCUGUUAGCCUGCUCCUGUCCACCACUUUGAGAUAUUGGUAAGGUGGUUUCAUUCCCCAAGGCGGUGCAUUUACAUCUCCAUUACUGCCAACUUCUGAAGAAGUUUGUGAUAAUCUUCAGUGGAAAAGAGGAGGCAUCUUGUUACUGGUCUUUGCUGCUAAUAGCAGGCUUGUGCUAAUUAGCAGGCCACGCUCACGGAAUGGUGAGGGGGUAUCAAAAAAUGUUGAAAUAUGGCCACAAAUGACUGUAUCUACAAAAAGUACAGUCCCACAGGUUUAAAAAUAUUCAGGAGUCACUGCUUCUGGUUUCUUCAGGAGAAAGAAAAAUGUAAACAAAAGGGGAGAGCGAGCAAAGCAAGCAAGAACACUAUACGGAUGCAGGAAGCAAAAAGAUAGAGCUCCUGUUUUUCUUAUAUUUGGCUGAAGAGGAGAAAAAUUAAAACGAAGAUACAAUGUGCGGACUUUGUAUCGGUCCGUUGUGGUAAAGAAAGAGCUAAGCCGAAAGGCAAAGCUCUCAAUUUACCGGUCGAUCUUCGUUCCUAACCUCACCUAUGGUCACGAGCUUUGGGUUGUGACCAAAAGAGCGAGAUCCCGGAUACAAGCGGCCGAAAUGAGUUUCCUCCGCAGGGUGUCCGGGCUCUCCCUUAGAGAUAGGGUGAGAAGCUCGGUCAUCCGGGAGGAUCUCAGAGUAGAGCCGCUGCUCCUCCGCAUUGAGAGGAGCCAGAUGAGGUAGCUGGGGCAUCUGAUUCGGAUGCCUCCCGGACGCCUCCCUGGUGAGGUGUUCCGGGCAUGUCCCAGCGGGAGGAGACCCCGGGGACGACCCAGGACACGCUGGAGAGACUACAUCCUUCGGCUGGCCUGGGAACGCCUCGGGAUCCCCCCGGAAGAGCUGGAUGAAGUGGCUGGGGAGAGGGAAGUCUGGGCGUCCCUGCUGAAGCUACUGCCCCCGCGACCCGACCCGGAUAAGCGGUAGAAAAUGGAUGGAUGGAUACAAUGUGCAACCACUGAUCGUGCAUACACUGCAAAAAAGCCUGUCAAGAAACAAGCAACAUUUCCUCAAAUUUGGUCAAAUUUUAUUAUUUUGAGCCCAAACAAAUGUGCCAAUGGGAUAAGCAAAAUUUCCUUGGCUGGAAUUCUUAAAAUGAGCUGAUAAAUCUUGCACCUUUAAGACAGUAACAAGUCUUGAAAUUAGAAAAAUUUGCUAAUUUACAAGCAAGAAUUUUAAGAUUUUUGCUUGAAUAAUCUUAUCUGUGCGGUCUUUUCCAGAAUAAGUCAGACCUCUGUGGAGAUCAGGCGUUUUUCAUCACUGUAAUUACAAGGGACAGAAAGUUGGUCAAAGAAAUAUGGCACAAAAAAAGUAGAACUACAAACUUAGUGAGGAUAAAAUGUGACUCUAGCAAACCAUUGUCUCCAGUUAUCUCUGCGAGACUAGCUCUUUUCAAUAUCAAGUCACUGGGUAAUAAAUCAACGUUGAUUAAUGAUGUCAUUACAACCUAUUGUAGCGGACAUGCCACGCAAAAAAUGGCACCCGGUACCCCAGCCUCGCACUACCUUGCACUAAACGCAACGUCACACGCACACUCUAAACGGAUCAAAACACAGACAUUUGCUUUGCCAUGCCGACGCUAGGUGAAUCACGGCUGCCUGGCGCUUCAAAGCGGAGAUCCAAGGAUGCCGAGUUCGCCCCCGGACGCUAAGUUAAUUAACUCACCGCCAGUCGAAGGAUGCAUCAACAAAUGCGCUUCCACCCUGUUGUGUACUGCCACUUGGGAGUUGGAACAGGCAACAGAGACACCCACGGGCGACGGAACGACACUACAGACAUAGGUUCAUAAGACAGUCUGUGACUCGACUGGGAGUUAAUAUUUUAAGAACUUUACAUGAACGCCACUAGUGACUGUAUUGCUGCAAACUUGAAUGUCUAACGUCGAAUAUGUUGUUAACUGAACCAGAUGAAAUGUUCCACCCCACACCACAAACGUCACAGGGAAAAUAGUAAUGAUCUUCACACCACACAACAUUUGAAACAUUCAUUACAGGUAUGAAAGCGGAUGAGCGUGGAACAAUGCAGGGUGAGGAAAUGGUCUCGUUAUCUUAAAUCCAAUAAUUAAUAUUUUAUUCCACUGGUUUUAAACCACAAAAUAAUCCUAAAAUGGAAAAAUAAAGGCAAAAGGCAGUCCAGCCCUCGGUGUUCGCGAAGGUGGUAGAAAAGGAGGGGGAGGGGUAAACCCCCCCUUUUUGACCCGCUCCGGUCAUAAAAGGGGCCGGAGCUGGGACCAGUAGAGAAGCUUUUUGGAGUUUUGGUGGUGAAGUCUUCCUCUGGUCUCACCCCCACUAACUCGCCAACAACUGUGCCAGGCAGGACGCCCACCUCACCCGAGGUGCCAAGGACGCAUCGGAUGAUCCCCGGCUGCAGAGCCUCCUGCAAGCGCUCCGAGCUACCCUGCUUGGGGGCUCGAGCACAGUCCGAGGGAACGGAGGCGGACGCAACGCAACUGCUCCGAACGUCUGGCAAACAGACACCCGAGAGACAGGACUGCCUGGGAACUCGUUGGCCUCCUGCUUUUCCUCUUUUUUUUCUUUCCUCCCUUCCGUCGAAUCCACCUGUUCCGGGUGCGGACCGGGCCGGCCGAACACUCGGGAGCCUGACUCGCCUGCCUCAAACGUGUUCCAGACACGUAAAACAACAUUGUGGUCUACUAAAAGUACGGAUUAGUGUAUAUUUGGGUUUAUAUUAACGAGAACAGGAGUCCUCAGCUAUACGUAUUCACUACACGCCCAUUCUGCUUAUCUCACGUCACAAAUCCCUUCUUUUGCCAAUGUUCGUCUGUACCUUGUUUGUUUUGUGUUUUUAUUUCUGUAGAAACGUCGUUUUAUAAAUGUUCUAUAAAAUUCACCACUUACAUUGA